GCUUUGCGAGCGGCCGGGCAGCGGGCGCGGAGGGCAUGAGAUGGAGCCCAGGGCGUUCACCAUGGCGCAGCUGUACAUGCUGGUGGAGGAUGUGUAUGCGCGAGCGCGCAGCGAGGUCGAAGCCGAGUACGCCGAUCGCAUUGAGCGCCUGGAGAGCACCGUCGCAGCGCUACGGGUGCGCAUUUGGCAGCAGGAGGCGAGGGCAGACGUCGACAAGAGAGGCGCCGUGCACAUCUGGCUGCGAUUCCGGCCGCCGCCGCUGGAGACGCAGGCGCCGCUGGGGUGGAGCGCAACGCGGACGCGUGUGACUGUGGGCGCUGGGGAGGAAUACCGGGUGCACCGCGUCUUUGGGCGUGCGCUAGAAGAAGGCGAGGGGAACGAGAUCGAUGUCAGCGGAGCAACCAACGACGACGUCGGCGCCGAGUGGGACAGCUUCGUGGCCGCCAACUCUACUGAUGGGCGUUCUGCGCUACUCUGCGCGCAUGGCCAGACCGGCGCCGGCAAGACGGAGACGCUGAUCGGCCAGCCCAGCGCCCGCUGCAGUCCAGGAAGCCCCCGGCAGAGCGCCUACGCCACGAUCGACUUCGACGACCGCUCCGAGGGCGGCAGACGCAUUGGCCUCGUCCCGCGCACCGUCCUGCGGCUCCGCGCCCUGGGCUUCGCCGUCGCCGUCCUUGCCGUGCAAAUCUACGCAUCCGGGUUCUUCGACGUUGCGGGCGACGCAGCAGGCCGGGGCCAGGGCGAGGAGCUCGAGCUGGAGACCACCGACCGCGCCACCGCCAGCCAGACGGUGCGCUUCCGCUACCGCAACACCGACCUCGGAAUCGCCCAUCCCGCGUACACGCCCAUUGAGAACGAGCAGCAGCUGCGCGACUGGCUGGUGCGCGUCGACUUUGGCCGCAUCCAGGCUGACACGGCGCCAGGCCCCGCACAAGCAUCCGCCGCGGGCGUGCUCGAGUUCAACCACACGUCGUCGCGCUCGCACCUGAUCGUCCACAUCACCGGCGUCCCGUCCUCCGCCUCCGCCUCCGCCUCCGCCUCGACCGACUCCUCCCCCUCCUCCUCGAAGCACCUCCGCCCCAGCUUCUGGAUCGCAGACCUCGCCGGCAACGAGAAGCCGCGCAAGGCCAGCCCGAACACGGAGCGCGAGAAGCGCAUCCAGAAGGAAGCCAGAGACAUCAACAGCGGCCUGUCCAGCCUCAAGCACAUCAUCCAGGCGAUCCACCGUGUAGCCAAAAAGCCGCUUGCCGCGCGGGACGAUGCGUGGGAUAAGCAGCGCAUCAAGAUCCGCCGGAACCAUGAACUUCUCGUCCGCGCGCUCGCCCCGGCUUUGGAUGUCUUGUGGGCGACGAAGCCGCGCGUAGUCUGGCUGGGCAUGAUCGUCAACGAGGCACAGCAUGCGAAGCGAGGGCUCAGCACGAUCAAGAUGAGCGACGAGCUGACGAGGGGAUAGAUGGAUGGCUGGUACUACCUAGCUCCCUAUACCUUGUUUGCUUUCUUGUCUUUUCUAAACCAAAAAGAAAUCCAGCACAACAUGCCUUUUCUCUUCCCAACCUUCCGACACAGAUCCCUGCGUGCAUCUCCAUCCCUCCCUCUUGCGAUAGGGAAUUCUCCGUAUCUAAGGGCUCGCCGUACGAGUAAGUAAGAUUAGCUGUCCUAUUGUACGCACUCGCGAAGGCCUCCAGGGUAGCUGUUGCGCACGUCGUUCUAUCCGGAGAAUUCCACACCGUGAGAGCCUCCCCUCCCGCAACCGUUGAACAACCUCCCUCCCCUCCAAUCAAACCAAAAGAA